UGACAUCGCGAUUAAAUCAACGUGCAAUAAGCAUUUUAGCUGGUUUAGCUAUAAUUUUAUUAUUGUUAUUAAUAAUCUUCUUAUGGACGGGUGUACAAAAUGGUUUAUUUAGUAAAUCACAUCAUAGUAGUGGUAGUGCCCAUAAAUUAACCGGGAAAUCGAGUGUGAUCAGUUCAAUAUCAAAAACAAUUAGUGGUAAUAUAAUGACACCAUCGUACUCAAUAUCACAUAAAACGAGUGUCGAUGAUCUGCUAAAAUCGAAAAAUACGGAAAGUGUUGGGAAGAAAAUUUUUAUACCUCCUACGAAUAUUGACUCAACAAAAGAUACCGAAAUUGUUAAACCAAUUAAAAUGAGUCCUUUACCACUACAUGAGCAAGAUUUAAUUUAUGAACAAAGCAAAUACGGAGAUCGAGGAGAAAUAAAAGUUGAUUCAAAAUAUCAUAGUGGACAUUUUCGUUAUAAAAAUGCAUCAAUUUGGGACCCACAUCCAGAAUACGAAAUUCGUGCAUUUGGAAAAGUUUUACAUUUAAAACUUAGUCAAGAUUCGAAUUUUGUUGCAUCAGACAUAAAAUUUUCACAAAUGGUGAACAAUGAACUAUCAAAUAUAACCGCAGAUUAUAAAUCGGAGGGGUGUUUUUAUACAGGAAUUGUUGAAGGUGAUCCAUUUUCCAGCGUUGCUGUUUCGCUCUGCCAUGGCAUGACAGGAUAUAUACGAACAGAAAAUGAAACAUAUUUAAUCGAACCAACAGAAAAUUUCCAAAAAGAUGCCACCACAAUUCUUCAUGCCAUGCAUCGUCAAAAAUUUAAUAAAGAACAUAAUAUGGAUCCAAAUGACAAUCUGGUCGAUUUACCAACAUCCAAUUGUGACACAACAUCAGAUUCAUCUCCAAACUACGAAGAUAAUUCAAGACAAAAACGUUCAAUUCGAAGUCAAUAUAAUUGGUAUGAUCGUAGAAAAUUAUUAAGUAUGCGCUAUGCAAAAGAAUAUAUUGAUGAUGAUCAAUAUUCAACAUUUUAUUCAAACGAUGAAUAUAAUUAUCAAUAUGGUGGCAGUGGUAAUAACAUAGUGCAUUACGAUGAUAAGUACGCGUACACAGAUAAUCGAGAUUGGACGAUAAAUAAUCAACCGGUUUAUUCAGCGUAUACAGAAGAGCGACGUUGGAAACGACAAGAUGGUACAACAAUGACUGAAAAUCAAGAUUAUGUUGUUGAAGUACUGAUUAUUGUUGAUGGAUCUUUGAAAUCAAAGAAAUUAUUAAAAGGCGACUUACAUCAUUAUAUUUUAACGUUAAUGUCACAUGUAGCAUUAUUAUUCAAAAAUGAUACAUUGGGAAAUUCGAUUCGAAUUUCUGUGGUUGGAAUUAUUGAUUUGGAUGAUUAUGAUAUUAUGAAGUCGUCGAAUAAUCGUAAUUUAAACUCUACAGAAAUGUUAAAAGUGUUUUGUGAAUGGCAAAAAUAUAGUGAAUACACCAAAAACUAUCGUAAAAACCGAUCCUACAAUGUAGCAGUUCUUUUGACGAGAUCGAAGUUAUGCCGAACACCAACUGAUUGUAAUGUUUUGGGAGUGGCCAAUGAAAGUACAAUGUGUAAGAAGGACAGCUGUGCCAUAGUGAAAGAAACAGGACUUGGAACAUCAUUUACCAUUGCUCAUGAAAUUGGACAUGUAUUAGGAAUGCCUCAUGAUGGAUCACGUUCCUGUCAACAAAUCCACAAAAACAAACUAAUACUAGGUGCAAUGGCACAUCAAAUGACCGAAAUAAGUAACCCGUGGCUAUGGUCACCAUGUGCUAAACAUCAUUUAUCUGAAUUUAUUGACUCCGCCAAAUCGAAAUGUUUAUUAAAAGCACCUCCUGCUGUUGAUAUGAUUGUGGAAAAAGAUGAAAAUGGAAGAAUUCGACUACCCGGCGUAGAUAUUACACCUGAAGAACAAUGCAAGUUAAUUGAUCCAGAUUCUACCUUAUGUCCCGCUAUGCAGGAUACUUGUGAUACUCUCUGGUGUAAAAGUCCUCAUACACAGCAAUAUAAUGAAUGCCGAUUAUUUCAUCAUACAGUUGCCGAUGGUACACUAUGUAACAAAACAUUAGCAAAUCCAGGAAUAUGUUUACAAGGUAAAUGUGUUAACCCAAACAAUAUUAAAUCGAUUGCUGGUGGUUGGGGACCAUAUGGCGAUUGGGGUGAAUGCUCAAUGAGUUGUGGUGGCGGCAUAAAAAAAAGACGCAGAGAAUGUAAUAACCCAAGACCAUACUUUGGACAAUAUUGUCGGGGUGUAGCUGUUGAAUAUACAACAUGUAAUACACAUGCGUGCGUUAUUAAUCCGAAUCAUCCAUAUGCAGAUGCAAGGGAGACUCAAUGUAGUGCAUAUAAUGGAAAUAAUUUUAACAUUCCGAGUGUACCUCAUAAUGUUCGAUGGCUACCAAAAUAUGGAUUAGAGAAUAAGAAUAAAUGUGUAUUAUAUUGUCGUGUUGAAAAUCGAAAAGAUUAUUAUAAGUUUGCUGAAAAAGUAAAAGAUGGCACAAAAUGUGAUUUAAAUCAGUAUGAUAUAUGCGUCAAUGGAAUAUGUAAGAAAGGAGGCUGUGAUCAUGCUCUUGGGUCAGAUCUGAUUUUAGAUAUGUGUGGAAAUUGUGGUGGUGAUAACAGUACAUGCCAUGAAAUCAAUAAUACAGCAAAUGAAAUUUUAUACAAAAAUCAUGACGGCUAUAUUGAUAUUAUAACAAUACCUCAAGGUAGCUAUAACAUAAAAAUCUGGAAGAAAAACAUUAAAUCUAAGGAUGGAAGCUACUUUUAUUUAGCAUUGAAAAAUGAAAGUGGUGGAUAUAUAUUCAACGGCAAUUAUCGGAUACAGAAAAAUGAAACGUCACAAUUUUAUGGUGGAUUACAAUUUGUAUAUACGGGCUCGAAAUUGAAUGAAGAAAAAAUCACUUCUAAUCAGAAAUUUGCAUUAACAAAACCGCUUGUAGUUCAGGUGUUAAAAUCAGGAUCGUUAUCUACAACCGUUCAUUACUCCUACAUGGUAAAUAGACAACCUGAAUAUACCUGGACAUAUGGUAAUUGGACAGAAUGCACAGAAGAAUGUGAAGGUCAUCAAUAUCAGCAUGCAAUUUGUGUACAAGAUAUUUCACACCGUCAAGUACCACCAGAAUAUUGUGCACAUAAACCGAAACCAGAAUCUUAUGCUCGACCAUGUAACAUUCGUUGUAAAUUUAGAUGGGAAAGAGCAGAUUACACUACAGAAUGUUCCAAACCAUGUGAAGGAGAACGGCAAAUAUUUUAUCACUGUGUAUUGAUCGAUUAUAAUCAAUCGAAAAAAGUUGUCCAUGAUAAUCAUUGUAUGGAUUUAACUAAACCACCAAGAAUUGAAAAAUGUAAUGGACAAUGUGAAGCACCUACAAUACCACAAUGGACAACCGGAAAUUGGACAGCAUGUUCAACAACCUGUGAUAUGGGCCAACAAUUACGAACAGUUGUUUGUACGGAUCAAUAUUUAAGACCUUUAUCUUCAAGUUUGUGCAAAAUGCCAAAACCUAGUGAUAUUCAACUAUGUAAAAUUGAUUCUUGUCCAAAAUGGAUUGAAAGAAAUCAUUGGGAACCAUGCUCCACAACAUGUGGAAAAGGAACACAAGCACGGUAUUUUGAAUGUCAAAGAGAAGCUAUAAGAAUACCUGAUCACUUUUGUAACACAGAACGACCUCAAAUGAAAAAAGAAUGCUAUUCUUACACACAUUGCUAUGGAAAUUGGACUCAUUCAGCUUGGGGAGAAUGUGACCAAAAUUGUUAUCGUAUUCGUCAUUUAAAUUGUGUAAAUUUAAAGAAUGGUGACAUAUUGGAUACGAGUAAAUGUGAUGAAAGGCAUAAACCUCCACAUGCUGAACGAUGUUAUCAAUGUCCAGGUUCUAAACAAGUGAAAAAAAAUCGACGUAUUGCUGCAUGCCACUGGAAAGAUAUGGGGUGUCCCAAAUCAUGUGACGAACUUAAUAAACGACGAUUUAUGUGUGUUAAUAAAUACACGAAUAAAAAAUGUCGAGAUGUACGUUAUUGUGGAACGAAAAAAUUGUUUAGUCAAUGUCCUCCAAUUUUAUACUGUCCCAAAACAAAGUACCGAUGGGUUAUUGAAAAAUGGGGACAGUGUAUUAAUGGUAUUCAAAAACGAAAAAUGCAUUGCGAAAACGAAUAUGGUAAAAAAAUACGUAGAAAUUUGUGUCCAGCUAUUAAACCAAGGCGUAAACAAAAAUGUGCAAAAAUAUACAAAAGAUGUCGUGAUCUCCAAACAAAAUCGAAUAAACAUGAAGAUGGUGAAUAUCUAUUAACUGUUCGAGGAAAACAAGUUCGAAUUUAUUGUGAUGGAAUGAAUACAAAUCGACCAGUUGAAUAUUUGACUUUAAUGUCUGACUUUAACUAUGCUCGUUUUAACAAUACACAAUCAGAAAAUCCGAGUCUUGAUUGUGGAGCACCACAACGUGCUCGUCCUUUAAAAAAUCAUCUAGGACAUACAAAUUUUGCUCGGAUCCGAUUACAUUUAGCUACACUGAAAGUACAAAUUGAUGAUUUCAAAUAUGCUACUCACUAUGGUGAUCCAAGUAUGAAAAUGCGAUAUGGUACAGCAGGUGAUUGUUACAGUUUAAAUAAUUGUCCUCAGGGUAUAUUUUCUAUUUAUUUAGAAAAUACUGAUUUUCAAGUAUCGCCAAAAACAAAAUGGAAGGGUAUUGAACCAAAAAGUAGUGUUAAAGUAGACUACCGUGAUCCCAGAAAUAUACGCGGUAAAUGUGGUGGAUACUGUGGAAGCUGUGAACCCGAAGAACCGAAUGGAUUAAUGUUAGAAGUAACGUAGUAAAAUAGUAUUUUCGUUUGAUAUACAAAAAAAAAUAUUCGAAAUUGUAAAUAAUUUAACACAUAUGACACGUUAUAGAACGUCGAAAAGAUAAAUAAUUUCUUCGCGUUAAAUGAAAAAAAAAAACGUAAAAUAAUUGAUGUAUGGUACAUAGUUUGAAAUCCAAAAUUGGUUUAUAACCGAAUAACACUCAUAGAAACUCCAAUUUUUAUCUAAAGCAACGUAGAACUUCGUUUAUUGAUGAGUUUAAUCAGUAAUAUAAAGUUUAUAAAAGAGUGAUCAGAACAGUUAUAACAAUGCGAAUUCGAUCUAGAUGUACUUCAGGCAUGAACUGAUUCUGAGUUUCAAAUGUAAUAAUAAAUAUUAGUCAGUGGUUGUGUUUAAAGUAAAUAAGCGCUGAGUUUUAUAUUUUCGACAACACUGUACAAAAGUAAAAAUAUUUAAAUGGAUUAGAUUUCUAAUUGAUGAACUGUUAGUAAAGGUACGGAUAUACUGCUUUGUUACUUUCGAUACCUACUUUUGUAUUCAGUCUUCCAUAGUUCAGAGUAAUUGCUAAUUUCCUACAAUCAAGUAAACUCUAAGCGCUUAGUUAGUUUAAACAUCCCCUCAAUGUAUUUAUUAAACGGAACGUAUUUGAACUGCCACGCAAUAAUAAGAUAAAAAAAAAUAUAUUAUAUAGCUUUAAGAAAACGAUUAACUAUUAAAUAAAGCAUUUGACUGCUUUUAAAAUAGCUUUAAGCCCGAGAUGAUGCCAUAUAUA